GCGCUGCGGGCUGUCCGAGUCCCGCGGCGGCGGCAGCGGCGGCGGCGGCGGCGGCGAGUCCAGGCGCUGCUCACGUCUGGGUCGGGUCCCGGCCGGCCGCGCCUCUUAAAGGCCCCUGCCUCCGCCCCCGCCCCGCCUUUGGCCCCGCGCCGGGACGCCCCACAGUCCGGAGCGAUCGGCCCGAGGCCUGAGGCUCCCGGUUCCUUGGCGGACCCAGGAGGCCAAGAAAGGAGAGCCAUGGCGGUGGGGAACAUCAACGAGCUGCCCGAGAACAUCCUGCUGGAGUUGUUCACGCACGUGCCCGCCCGCCAGCUGCUGCUGCGUUGCCGCCUGGUCUGCAGCCUCUGGCGAGACCUCAUCGACCUCGUGACCCUCUGGAAGCGCAAAUGCCUGCGUGAGGGCUUCAUUACCGAAGACUGGGACCAGCCCGUGGCUGACUGGAAGGUCUUCUACUUCCUCCGCAGCCUCCACAAGAACCUCCUGCAUAACCCGUGCGCCGAAGAGGGGUUUGAGUUCUGGAGCCUGGACGUGAAUGGAGGCGAUGAGUGGAAGGUGGAGGAUCUCUCUGGAGACCAGAGGAAGGAAUUCCCCAAUGACCAGGUCAAGAAAUACUUCGUGACUUCUUAUUACACCUGUCUCAAGUCCCAGGUGGUGGACCUCAAGGCUGAAGGGUAUUGGGAGGAGCUGAUGGACACCACGCGGCCAGACAUCGAGGUGAAGGACUGGUUCGCAGCCAGGCCAGACUGCGGGUCCAAGUACCAGCUGUGUGUUCAGCUCCUGUCGUCAGCACAUGCACCUCUGGGGACCUUCCAGCCAGACGCAGCAACCGUCCAGCAGAAGAGCGAUGCCAAGUGGAGGGAGGUCUCCCACACGUUCUCCAACUAUCCACCCGGCGUCCGCUACAUCUGGUUUCAGCACGGCGGCGUGGACACUCACUACUGGGCCGGCUGGUACGGCCCGAGGGUCACCAACAGCAGCAUCACCAUCGGGCCCCCACUGCCAUGACGCCCCCGAGCCCCCAGCCACCUAAUCCCAACUGAUAACCUGCUGGCAGAGAUGGGCUGGGCUUGGGAAGGGAAGGUAGAGGCCAGGCUCUCCCAGACUUCCUAGUUCAUCCUUGCGCCCCCCAGUUGCCUCUUCAUGGAGCCUCUUCAUUUGUACAGCCUUCAUAUGUUAUGGGUAGCUAGCUCUCCGCCCGGGGGUCUCAACCUGAAUGAUGGGGCCCCUGAGGUUGGGGGGGUGCAUGGUGUUCCCCCAGGCUCCUCCCCCAGAUGCCUCUGAGGGAGGGUCUCCAAGCUCUGUUGGUGACCUAGAUCUAUGUGUCUACCUUCCCUUGUUGGGUCAUUUCUCACUGUCUUCUUUGAGGGCCCUCAGACCUGGGACAGUCAGGACAUCUGGCAAGCCUGUGGCUGCCCUGCAUAAUACAGAUGCUGGGCGAUGAUGUAGCUCAGACAGGUGUGGGAGUGGAAGGACGGCUCUGCCGGCCCAUCCUCUGCCCCAUUCUCUGCCACUCCCAGGCUUUCUCACUCUGUCCGCCUGCUUAGCGAGGUGGCUUUGGUCCAGAGGCUCAGGCCUGGUCUGAGAUAGGCAGGCCCAGGGUGGCGUGGGGUCCCGGCCAAGUCUGGACUCUGUUCACUUGUCAGUGAAGCCCCAGAAGCCACAUGUGUAUUAAGUGAGGGCAGGGCUCUCCCAAAGACCCCCCUGGAAUCCUGCACACGGCAACCCAGGGCAGGUGGGGGGCAGGACUGGGCCCUGAGAGCUGGGAUGUGUGAGCCCUGGAUGAGUGGGAUGGGGGGGGUUUCAAGGACCACCUGUCCACCUCCAUGCCUAGGCCAGGCACUCUGUGGCUUGGAGAGCAUUCCAAGCGCCCACCCUACCCUCGGAACUGCCAUUCCCAGGACCUCCCCACCCUGUCGGACCACAUUCCUGCCUCUGCUUCCUGCUGGAAAGAGAGCAGUUCUCCUACCCCUGCUGCAUGUGGCCAAAUAAAAGGUUUUCCCAGCCCAA